CUACAAUAAAUGUCAUCCCUUUUAGUACCAGGAAGUUUACAUUUUUUGCCACAGUGUGCAGGAUGUAGCUAAAGCUUAGCUGCUGUUCUUCAAAAGAGCAUCAUGGGUAACACAGACAGUGUGGUGGUGCAAAAGCGCCUGGCCCGCUUCCGCCCCGAGGAGCGGCCUGUGGUGGAGGGGGUCUUCGACAGGCUCCAGAGCGGUGCUGAGGGCCCUUCAGAAGCCCCGGGGAAAACACCAGCAGGGAAGACGCUAACGCUUGAGAUGCUGCAGUCCUCAAUGGGCAGGCUGGCACCAGACUCCAUGGUGAGGAGGAUCUACCAUUGCAUGUGUACUAUCGACCCUGGACUGUCAGCACCCGCAGCUUCUGGGAAGACCAGCGCCUCGGCUGCCUCUGGAGUAGCUCGAGAGCAAUUGGUCAUCUUUCUAGCAGACACGCUGCGAGGCACUGCAGAGGAACGGGCUCCUCUCGUCAUGGCCAUGUGCCAGCAUGGGGCAGGGGCAGCAGUGGUUGUCACAUGUGAGCAGGUAGCAGAGUUCCUCCAGGACCUGAUUUCUGCUGUAGUUCAGAUCCUGGUCCACAGAGGGCGCCUGCAGGCCUGGAAGUUAGAGCGAAUGGGUGAUGGCAUCCUAGGUGUCAAACUCCUGGCAGAGCACUUGUGUUCUGAACUCAAACCCUCAGAUCAAGGAUGUUAUGAUGUUUCCUGUCUGGAGGACUGGAUCUUCAGGGUCUCCCAGGUAUCAUUGUACCUGGAGAUCCUGGUAGCUGAGGGCCUAAACGUGUCCCUGAGCGGCCGGCCGGCCCCCACCCUGCUGCCCCCCUGCAUCGGGACACCCUGGAAAGAGCUGAGGUGUCUGCUGGACCUUCCCACCCUUAUGUUUCUGGCACCACAGUUGCCAGACCGCUACAGCGCCCCCUGGAGACUUGUUUUUUCCACGCGGCUGCAUGGAGAGAGCUUCACCAGGAUGGCUGCUGGUCUGACAAAGUGUGGGCCCACCCUGCUGCUUAUCAAAGACACAAAGGGGCAUGUUUUUGGGGGCUUUGCCUCCCAUGCCUGGGAGGUCAAACCUCAGUUCCAGGGUAACUCCAGAUGCUUCCUGUUCUCUGUGUUCCCCAGACUGAGAGUUUAUACAGCAACAGGAUACAACCAGCACUUCAUGUACUUUAACCAGAAUCAGCAGACCAUGCCCAACGGACUGGGUAUGGGCGGUCAGCAAUACUACUUUGGCCUGUGGCUGGACAGUGAUUUUGGUCGUGGUCAUAGCCGUGCACGGCCCAAGUGCACCACCUACGGCAGCCCACAGCUUUCUGGAGAGGAGGACUUCACCCUGGACUCAAUGGAAGUGUGGGCGGUCGGAAAACCCCCAGAACCAGAGGAGGGUGAGGAGGGGAAGGGCAAGAAGAGUAUCCUGGAUAUGGAUCCAGAGGUCCAGGCCAUGAUGGAGAUGGCAGGGAAGACUCUACACAGCCAGGGCCUCAGGGAGCCAGAGGAAGACUAGGAGCAGUGAGGGGCAACAAAACCAAAACAAUCUUAACUUAUCUAGGCUCCCGUUCCAUCUGGUACUGACACAAGUUGGGAUUUUAUCAUCUCACAUAGCUGGACAAUAUUUAUUACACCUGACUUUAAGACAUGUCUCCUGUAUACAAAUUGGAUUUCUCCCUUUCACCCUUCAACACACAAAAUGCAGCUGCUGUAAAAAUAUGGUGUUGGUUAGUGAAGAUGUCAUCACAACAUAAACCAGGCUAACUAGGUCUAAAGGCAGCUUAUAAGUGGUCUGUAAAGCCUGGUCUAACCCAUACACACAACUGAAAGCUACGAGUGUGCAGGCUUCAAGCCAGCUUUCAUCAUGCGUUUGAAAGGGACCAAUGUGUCAUGGCUGUGUUCACUCUUAUUUCCUCCAAGCUUCACUGGUGUUUGACAGAAGCUAACAAAUAUACGAGAGAUACCACAGAAAAAAUGUAUCAGAUAAGGGGCAGUGGAAGCAGUUUGUUUCUCAGCAGUUGCCUCAGUCAACCAUAAUGACAAGGCAUCCACAUCAUCUCUAUUGAAACCACUAACUCAAGUAUUAGGUUGAGGAAAGUGAGCACAACAAAACAGUAAGUUAUACCAUUUAUAGUUAUGUAUAACAGUAAAAGAAUACAUGGAAAUAUCCUAAAGGGUCUUAGUUCAAAGGAGGUAAGGAUCAUCUCAAAGCAGACAUAUCAUGUUCUCAUACUGUCUGUCUGAAUACACUUGUAUUCAUCCUCAGUCAGAAACAGGGAGGAUUAAUGUGGGCUGAUUAGAUCAUUUUCUGGUCUAAUCAGCCCACAUAAAACACACUGGGUUGUCUUAUUUCACAGUUUGUGGGUUGGUAAAGUGUUUGCGCUGGAAAAAGUGAGUUUUUCAUGAUAUGUCCCCUUAAAGGCCAUUUUAAGAAAAGCCUAAUUGUGAGUUGCUGUGUGACUGAUUAUUUUAUUGCUGCAAUAUUGACAAAUCUUGAGGUUUAGAAGACCAAUUGUGACAUACACAGGCUUGUUAGUCAUUCUCUAUCUACUGUACUAGUUCACCGUCUGAGCCAUUCUAUGUAUAUGUGAACAUGUGACUAAUGAGAUCCUUCAUAAGUUGUUUAAACAUCUGAGAAGUUUAGGAGUUCUUCAGGGAAUUUCUCGAGUACAAGACUUGAGAUUGACUGUUUAUUCAAAUACCAGGGAUUCUAAAUACUUUGUCCCUCCUCAAACUGACAGCUUUGGAUAAGCUUUAUGAAUACAAGAGACAAAACGUUCUUCUAACUACCCAUUUUUACAGACUGGAUGCACUACUGGAUUGUUCAUUUACUUUAAUGUUUUUGUUCAAGGUGUGUUGCUUGUUCACCCACUUUAUGACCCAGACAUUAGAUGAGAGGUUGGACUGAUCUGCCCAUUAUGGCAUUAUGGCAUUUUUCUGGAGCAAAUCUACAACAUGGAGCAAAAUGUACAACAGUGUAAAGACAAAUAGAGGAAUGCCUGUAUAUGUUUAUCAUUAUAAUAGACCUGUAUUGUCCAUGCAGAUGUGAUACUGUGCAUUUUAUUGUCUUACUGCAUUAAGCCGAGGAUUGUUAUCAAGUACAACUUAGACUGAGGAACUGCAUCCAAAUCAACAGGAGUGUGGUACAGAUUUGCAAUAUAGUGAAGAAGUGGGCCAGUUUAUCAGGGCUUGGAUGCAACAGAAUCACUUAAUACAGUGCAGAGGUGAUUCAGUAUAUCGCCAUAUAGUUUGCCCACUUGCUUUUAGCAGUAAGUUUAACUAGUUACUGACCAAUCAAACACUGUAAAACAUCACUGGCACGGGUAGGCGUUUAUGUCCUUAGACCCCAGUAGAAAAGUUUUGGACUAGAUAGGGAAUUUACAAAAUAUGUACCUGUAGCACUGUAGUAGGACAAAUGACCAUUUAGUCAUCAGAACCACAUCUAUCUGGUCAUUUUGGACAAUUGUGCAGUUCGAAUUAUGCGUAUUGCCUCCUACAAUAAUUUCAGUGUCGUAGAAUAUAGUGUUGAAGACUAAGAAUAAGUUGAUGUAGGGUGUUCUGUGUGUGUGUGUGUGUAGUGAAACCAGUAUCCGAGUGUUGCUUGUAUUACAGUAAUAAGGGGCCUAGAAGGUGCAACUUUCACUUGUUUCUCAGUUGAGGGAACUGUGACAAUUUCUGUCUUCAUUUGAUCACGUCUGACAGACGGGCUGUAAAAUGUUGGCAUCAGCAUAUAAUUAGUCUAAUAAGUUAGUACUAAAACAGACACCUGCUCAAAGACUGAAAGGCAACUCUGUGCUGAUUCUCUUCCUCCUCUUCUCCUCUGCUAUCAUGCAAAUGAUUGAGCCAAGUUACACAUGCAAAUCUCCUAUAUAAUCUUACAGCAACUCACACAGUAGCACAUUGGACAUGGUUCCAUAAAGAAUGUUUAUACUUGUCUUUA